AUGGGCCAAUUCCAGUCGACCAGCCAGGCGAGCUCUGACGCCCCAGAGCAGCAAGGCGAAAAGACCGACUACUAUGAGCUACUUGGGAUAACACGAGCUGCAACCGACGAGGACAUCAAGAAGGCGUACAGGAAGAAAGCCCUUGUGUUACACCCAGAUCGAAAUUAUGGGAAUGUUGAAGAGGCGACCAGACUGUUUGCUGAAAUUCAAUCUGCUUAUGAAGUACUCGCAGAUCCUCAGGAACGAGCAUGGUACGACUCACAUAGCGAUGCCUUCCUGGGGACAAGCGGGGGCACCGAUGAUCAACACUCGUACAAUGUUCGAAUCACAACUGCCAAUGAUGUCCUUAAGCUCUUUUCAAAGUUUAGUCCUCGAAUGGAGUUCUCCGAUGCCCCAACUGGGUUUUUCGGUGGUCUUCGCGAGCAGUUUGAACAGCUUGCGCUGGAGGAAAGGCUUGCUUGUCAGUGGGAGGCACAAGAUUCCAUUGAAUAUCCAGCGUUUGGGUCUUGUGAUGACAAUUUUGAGGGUGUUGUACGGCCGUUCUAUGCCGCUUGGAGUGGAUUUUCCACCCAGAAGUCCUUUGCCUGGAGGGAUGCUUAUCGUCUCUCCGAGGCGCCUGAUCGCCGGGUGCGACGAUUGAUGGAAAAGGAAAAUAAGCGUCUCCGUGAUGAAGGCAUUCGAGAGUUCAACGAUGCGGUUAGGUCUCUCGUGGCUUUCGUCAAGAAACGUGAUCCCCGAUACAAAGCCAACGCCCAAAGCGAAGCCCAACGCCGAGAGACUCUCCGCCAGUCUGUUGCUGCGCAAGCAGCAAGAUCACGGGCGCUUAAUCAGGCCAACAUGCGUGACCAUGUCAUUCCAGAAUGGGCACAAUCGGAGCAACCAGAGGCAGACGACAAUGAGAGCGAGGAGAGCGAGGUUGAAAGUUUUGAAUGCGUGGCAUGUCACAAAUAUUUCAAAAGCCAAAAGCAAUACGAGGCUCACGAGCGCAGCAAAAAGCACCUCAAGACUGUCAAGCAAUUAUGCUGGGAGAUGCGAAUGCAAAACGAUCAACUGGAUUUAGAGUCCACCGAUGGCUCGAGUGCCAAUGCAGUUACAACCCCACCUCUUGGGUUGGAUGGUAACCUAUCCCCUCCGGUCGAUGAUGAAGUGGUCGGUUCUCAACUUGAAGAGGUCGAUAUCAGGUCUGAGCGUGAUACCGGGGCGCAGGAAAACUUGCAUGGUCUACAAGAGACAGCAACGUCCGAUCAGAACGUAGUUGAGGAUUCAUCCCCAGCCACAGAUGACGAAGAUUACGCGUCGAGAGAAUCCAUCGAAACCAGACUUCAAUCUGAUAUGAGUCCUCCUUCAGGAGAAAUCCAAGAUUCAGUCACCACGCUUUCUGAUCAACUGGGCUCUUCUGAACUUAACGGGCAGCCAUCGGCGCCUAAGUUGGGCAAAGCCAAGCAAAAAAGGGCUAAAAAGGCUGCCAAGGAAGCAAAUCAAUUCACGGCCUUUAUAUGUACAAGUUGCAAGGAAUCCUUCGCGUCCAAGUCUGAGCUGUUUAGACACAUCAAACAAGAGGAUCACGCACAGCCAUCGUCAGGGACUAUUAGUCAGAAGGGCAAAAAACGAUAG